CACCACCUAUUGUUGACCUCCCACGACUUCUGCAUUUCCUGUUCUCGCCUGGACUGCCACCCAGGUCAUUCAUCCAACAAUAUUUAUACUCUCAUCCCGUCCCGACAACACGAGACAAAAGCACCACACAAGAUGCCACUACUCCCCACCUCGCACGCCUACCUGGAACAGUCUGCGCUGUUACUUCAGGCAUAUCCGGACACGACCCGCAUAACAACAAAAUACAACUUCCCCUCAACACGCCCCUCCAACUCCUCCCGGAAACAAAAAUCCAAGCCCGCCUCCACGUCCGCCCCCACCACCACCACAGAAACCACCCCGCAAGCACCACCCACCACACCCCUCGCCUACCUCACCCUCAAAACCUACAACCCCACCACCGGAAUCUGCCUCAAGUACCGCACCAACAAAGCCGCCGAAGUUGGCCGUCUGAUCACAAGUCUGGGCAAGCUGGCUGCCGGCGCCAGCGUCGCCGAGCUGGGCCUGUCGAAUCCCGUGCCUGCUGCGCCUGCCGCGGCUGAUGUGGAGAUGGCGGAUGCGCCUGAGGAUACCAGUGCGGGUGCGUCGACGCCUGUUGUUCCCGCUGCGCCUGCGAAGGGGGAUGCUGGUGGGAAGGGAGGGAAAGGGAAGAAGAAGGGUGGGAAGGGGAGGAGGUGAGAUGGAUGGAUGAAUGGACGGUGUGGUGUGGAUGUGCGUGCAUGGCUGUGUUGUUGGUGAGUACGUUUGCUGGGGUUCGUCUAGACUCAAGUCUAUAGGGGAUCUUGCUUCCCACGGACGGCGGGGGUAGGGCGGUUGCUUUACUUCCCGUCCUUCCUUUCUUAUAUACGUAUUAUCGGUCUGAAGUAGGGGGGGUGGGAAAUAUGGGCGAUUUAGGAUACGACAGGUGGAUGGAUCACAACUACGCAGUCAUGAAUAAU